ACAUUAUAAGGUACAAAUUCUGUAGAUUUCUCGAUAUAUAGAGUUUGAACCAAAACUACUGAAUUCUGUCGAAUUCGUAUUUUCUAUACUAGACUAGAUUCAUCCCUAUGGAGGCAAAGAAGCACACCAUUAGUGUACUUAUGUUACCUUGGCUAGCUCAUGGUCACAUAAAUCCAUUUCUAGAGUUAGCGAAAAAGCUUGCAAAUAAAUACAAUCUAAUGGUAAAUCUGAACUCCAUCAAGAAAAGAGUCAGUGAGAAGUAUUCUCAGUCAAUAGAAUUAAUCGAGCUUCAUCUUCCGUCUUUACCAGAUCUUCCUCCUCAUUACCACACCACAAAUGGCCUCCCACCUCAUCUCAUGAACACCCUCAAAACAGCUUUUGAACUCGCCUCUCCGAAUUUUUCCAAAAUAUUACAAACUCUGCAUCCGGAUUUGGUCAUUCAUGACUACAAUCAGCCAUGGGUUACUGAUUCGGCUUCCUCUAUGAACAUUCCUGCUGUGCAGUUCCCUACUUUUAGUGCAACUGUUGUUGCUUUGGCCAUCCACAUGUCUGAAAACACAGAGGAGAAGUUCCCGUUUCCUGAAAUUUACCUGCGGGAACACGAAAUGAUUUCACUGAAAAAAGAUAUUGAUGAAGUACCAAGUAAGAAGUUCCCAUACGACGAGGCUAUUAGUCGAUCACAUGACAUUAUUCUAGUGAAAACUUGCAGAGAUUUUGAAGGGAAAUAUAUAGAUUAUCUUUCAAAUUUGACUUCCAAGAAAAUUGUCCCUGUUGGUUCGCUAGUUCAAGAAUCCAUGGAUCAAGAUGAUUAUGAGGAAAUCGCGCAAUGGCUUGACAAGAAAGAGAAAAGUUCAACUGUGUUCGUUUCAUUUGGGAGCGAGUAUUUUCUAUCCAAGGAGGAAAUACUUGCAGUAGCUCAAGGGCUAGAGCUUAGCAAAGUGAACUUCAUUUGGGUCAUCAGGUUUCCACAAGGUGAAAGACUUAACAUUCGAGAUGCAUUACCGGAAGGGUAUCUUGAAAGGGUAGGAGAAAGAGGAAUGAUUAUGGAAGGAUGGGCUCCACAAGCAUUGAUUCUUCAACAUCCAUCGAUAGGUGGAUUCGUGAGUCACUGUGGAUGGAGUUCAUUCAUGGAAAGUAUGAAGUUUGGUGUGCCUAUAAUUGCCAUGCCAAUGCACAUUGAUCAACCAAUGAAUGCUAGGCUUGUGGAAUAUAUCGGUGUGGGAGUGGAAGCAGCGAAGGACGAGGAUGGGAAGUUACAAAGCGAAGAGAUUGCAAAGGCAAUAAGGGAAGUGUUAGUGGAGGAAAGCGGGGAGGCUGUGAGGAAGAAAGCUAAGGAACUGAGUGAAAAGAUGAACGCGAAAGAGGAUGAAGAGAUAGAUGGCGUGGCGGAAGAACUGAUGGCACUUUGUAGCAGCAAAUGAUUAGCAAUAAGAGUAAAUGUCAGUCUAGUGUAACUCAACUGUUACAGUAAGUUGGGAGUACUAAUCAUCUUAUUACCAAUAAUCACUACAAGUAAUAACCUUUAAAAUGAUUCAGCAGAAUGUAAGUUGUAUCCAAGAAAAACAUGCAUUAAGACGUAAUUCCGAGCCAGCAUUAUGCUUGAA